AUGAAGAUCAUCGUAGUCAUUCUUUUACUCACCUGCAGAUUUUGCACUUGUGUGAAUCCUCCUGUUCCUAGCGGUAAAGAAGCAGAUGUUAAAAGUGGACCUAAGGGGGCUGGACAGAGACAACUACCUCUAGCACUUCCACCAGGUGGUUCACAUGCCAAUAGGCACGGUCCUAAUGCUCAAAGGACUCCACCUCCUAGAUCUAGAGGACUCAGGGAUACAGCAACAAGAGGCACUUUCCCAGGAGUAAAGCCUACUGGUACACAAACUGCAGUUGGAAGGGGUACUACUAAAGUAACCGUAAACUCCAAGCAUAAUACUCGUCCAGACAUUGAGGAUAUUGGCGAGGACCUGGAAGAAGAUUUAAAGCAUGUCAAGGCAUAUCAUGAGAUUAGACAUGAAACUAUCAAUACUACUCCUGAGGUAACUAGUACUGUGGAGCCUAAAGAGAAGCCUUUGAAGUACAAGAUGAACGUGACUCUGGUCACUGUAGGAAAGUCUACUGAGGGAACUCUUUCAGUGGUUACCUAUACAGCCAAGCAAGAUGCUCAUGUACCCCUACUCUUGCAUGAUAAUAAACUUGUUUGGAGGGGUAUAGACAGUAUGAAUAAUGAGGACACUCUGGUAAAGGCAAAAGUCUACCUCGGAUCUGGUGGACCACUAGCUACCAACUUGACAUACAAGAGAGUCACGGAAAGCACCACCAGGGAGUACUGUAAACUAGUAAGGGGUAACUGGACCUUUGUUGACAAGAGUUCCCUAGAAAUGGCAUUUGAUGAAAUUGAAAUACCUAGUAAUGCUAGUGCAUCUGCCUAUAGAACAAAGGUAGACUCUACUCUCUUUGACAUACAGGUGGGAAAGCACAAUGGGAUACCAGUAUUAAACUGCAUUGCCAAAAAGGGUGUAAAGGUACCCAAACUUGUUUACGAUGGCAAAGUCGUAUGGCAAGCUGAUGGAAAUCAAUCCUGUUCAUCAGCCACUUUUUACUUUGGAAAGUCUGGUAUCAUUGGCAUAUCCUUUACCCAUGGCAGUAGAGAAGAGACUCUCCAUGACUGUUUCCGUGUCUUUAGCAACGACGAAUGGGAGGGUGUAAACGGUGACUACUAUGAAAGGGUACUUUACGAAGCCAAGAAUCCAGAGACCUCUGUAGCCACUGCAUCUGAGAAUACCAAAGCCAAGAGUUUCAUUGACACUGCCAAGUUUACCGUAGUUAGUGACAUGGAUGAUACAGUCCCAAUCCUAAGAUGUACAGCUGGGAAUGGUGCCUCUAAACUUACCUAUGGUUCUGAUACAAUAUGGCCAGGGAAGAAGGAUGUUACGUGUCUCUCAGCUGUCUUGUAUCUUGAUGGAGACAAGCCUACACUCGCAGUACUUGUUACCAGAGAUAAGAAUAAUAAGCAGAGCAAGGUUUACAGAUACCAUGAUGGUAAGCAGUGGAAAGAUGGUAAAGAAGAGGACCACAAGAAGAAUCUGGACGCUUUAAAGACAAAAGCAAAAAAUCAUCCUAUAGCUAAGCAGUCACCUGUUCAACUAACUCCCAAGCAAGGAGUUCAGGCUAAGCCAGGAGAUGCUCCAGUAAAGACAGAUGAGCAGACUCCUCAGAAGAAACCACAAGUGAAUGCACAACCGGCUCCUCCUACCACUAGUAAGUUGCCUACUCAGCCAUCCAAGAGAGCUCCGGUAAAGGAGACACUCCUUGACAUUGGUCGACCAGAUCCACAAAGCUAUAGAUCAUUUGACUAUGCACUGGAUGAUGUUCCAACUAGACUCAUAGUUACAGUGAAGGAACAACCAAACAAGGUAGUACUUGGACAAGAAACUCUAUGGUCUACUGGUGGCACUGGAAGAUGUAACUACUGUACCGUCCACAUGAAGGAUAAUAGGCCAGUGCUAGUCUACAUGUCUGGAAGAUCCUUCUCAUUGUACAUACUAAAGACUGAUGGUGGAUGGAAAUCCAUUGACAACUACAGUGAGGAGUUUGCUAAGCUUAGACUUGCCGUACCCUCACCAUCCUCAUUCUCCCUUGACCUCUCUGUUUCUGAGGAUACAGGACAAUGUAGAAUCUUUGAGACACCCUUCAAUAAGGUAAACACUCGUUUCUAUGUUCCAAAGGUUGGAAAGUAUGCCACUAGUGUUUCUAAUGGACAAGCUGUACUAUGGAAGGGUGAUAAAGAGAAAGCAAUCCUGGUGAGACUCUACCCAUCUGAUAAUCCUACCUUGUUACACGUGCUCUCUAAAGACACUAAUGGAGCAUUCAAACACAGCUACCUUGUCAAGAGUGGUAGUAAAUGGGAAUCUAUUAACAAGGACGUUCACGAUAGACUACUCUCUGAAAUAAAGGCUACUGCACCUGGUAAACAUACAGACGUUGGUAAGCUUAGACAAGAACUGAUGGAGUCACAGGCCUCUCUUGAUAAACUGGUAGAGUCCAAGAAAUUUACAGACCGUGAUGGGCCAGAGGAUCCUUCCAUUCUUGACAUUGUCCACUAUGAGGAGUCCAAUGCCUAUACAGUAACAGACUGCACACUAGAUGGUUAUCCUACUACAGUCUUUAUUCCUGACAAGGGUAGCAUUAAGAAGGUGGUCUAUGGAAGUCUUACAAUCUGGGAAGGUGCUGAAAAUGAGGAAUGUAAGUACCUAAUGAUCCACUGCGUCUACAAUAUACCAGCGUUUGCAUACCUCAUAAAAGGGUCAGACAGGGAUAUAGAUUUAUACUUUGCCAACAAGGGGGAUAACUGGGAAGAGAUCCAGGUAGACUACAUUAGAAAACUUAAUGAACUUCGUAAGGAUAAACCAGCCUCUGGAGACUAUGUGAUAGACAUCAAUAAUACUACUAGUGAUGAAAAAUGCAAGGUUUACAGCUAUACAAUAGAUGGGCUUCUGACAUACUCAUACUAUCCGCAUCAAGAAGUUACAGUGAAGAAUAUAAUGGAAGGAGAUAAGGAGAUUUGGAAUGGAGUGAGAACCAAAACGUUUGGAAAAAAUACUAAUGAAAGAUGUCUUUACUUGGCAGUAAGUUAUGUUAAUAGUACACCUGUGUUGGUAUAUUUUGUAGCAUUGGAUGGAUAUAAACUUGAGUAUACAUUUUACAAGAAAGGUUCAAAUGGUAAAUGGUCAAGUUGCUACGACUAUGUCUAUAAAAAUAAGUGGAAUCAACUAAUUAAUAAGAAAGAUACAUCAGCUGGGGGCAAAGAGAUAUCAGAUAUGAGACAAGAGAGACUUAAAAAGGUUGCACAGGUGAAGACUUUAUCUAGAGACUGUAUUAUAAAUGCCAGGGAUAUAUCUCUCCAUGAAACGUAUAGAGUCAUAAAGACCUUCAUAAACAAUAUUCCCGCUAUCGUAUAUAUUCCUGGACCAGCUUUUAAUUUUAGCAAAAUUAUUUUAGGACAUGUGAACUUUUCCCAUUUUUUCCCUAAAGACGAGUUCAAAGGUUUAUCUGCAUUUCUGAAGGAUAAUGAGCUCUCAAUAAUGCACCUUAAUAGGAUCCAGGAUAGAAAAAACGUAGAUGAGUACGUUGACUUUACAGACACAGAACUGGAUUGCUCUCUUGCUGAUAUUGAAGCACUAAAAUCUCAGAGUCCUGGGAUCUUCUCAUUGGAUAUAUCCCGUGGAGGAACUGAUGGAUGCAAAUUUGUAAGCUUCCGUCAUGAUGGUGUUGUAACUCACUCCCACACUGUUAAUGCUGGUUAUACAGCUAAUAUGGUUACUGAUGGAGUUCUUGUUCUUUGGAAGGGUGACGCUGAUGAAAAGUGUUUAUAUACUCUCACUAGUUUUCUGGAUGGCAUUCCUAUCCUACUGAACAUUUUUGUGCGACUAUCUGAUGGUAAACUUGAGCAUUACUACUUCUAUAACCAUGGAGAAUGGACGGUCAUUAAUAGUCUGGACUACAAAGCUAUACUGGAGGACCUUGCUGACACUACUAAAUCUAGGUUGUCUGAGUCCAUUGACAGGGACAACAGAGAAGUGCUCAGUCUAGAUGUUGCCAAGGUAGAUACUAGCAAGUAUACCAUGGAGACUACAAAGCUUAGAGUACUUACCAGCAUUAAAUAUAGUCCACCAGAGAACAGCCGUGUUACCAAGGUUGUCUUCGGCAAUGACUCUCUAUGGCAGACUCUCAAGGCUGGUGUCCAAUGUAAAUUUGCCGUCAUUACAUACAGAGGAAUAUCCAUAGAACUCGCUCAACUGUGUAUUGUGGAUGGUUGUGAGAAGUAUAUGCACUUUGAGAUGGAGGAUGGUAGACUAAGUAGCAUUACAGCUGAGGAGUACAAUGAUGCUCUGUCAAGAUUAGACUCUGGAGAUGGUGCAUCUGAUGAAGACUUUGAAUUCAUUCUUUCUACCAUAGACACUCUUGAUCUCAUGACUCCAGCUGAACUGGACUUUGAGAUAGACAGGUUCCAGUUGGAUACACUCUCAUCUGCAGUCUACCUACCACUUCCUAAACAUACCAUUGGCAGAGUAGUACUUGGGAAGGUAUUAUGGACCAGUGGCAACUCCAAGUGUCUCUACGUCAGUACAUUCUCCACUGAGAAGUCCAUACAGUUGGUCCAGAUAGUCACUGAGAAUGAGACUCUCCACUUUAGUAGACUGGACAAUGGACUCACCAAGGUACCAAAGGAAAAGUAUAAUGAACUAUUUGAGAAACUAGGAUACAGACAAGUUGACCAAACUCCAUUCUAUGUUCCACUCAAGGUACCAGAUAUACCCAGCACAAUCUCAUUGGAUGUCUCAAAGGCACUGGACUCCAGGGUCAAAACCGAGAAUGGCACCUUCAAAGGAGUCUCUUAUACUACCUUUUACACAUCUGACAAGGAUGUUAUAGACAAGAUAUCCAGUGGCAAACUUACUGUAUGGGAACCUGAAGAGAAUGAGGUCUGUGUCUACGGUCGUCUUUAUCUGGACAAUGGACCCAAGCUUCUCAAGAUCCGUACUGUUGGCAAGGAUGAAAGUAACAUAGUACACCUUGCAUUUGAUACAGACAAGUGGAUAUGUCUCAGUCAGGAUGUAUUCAAUGACAGACUUAACUUGAUGGUCCUAAAGUUGACUGAACCACUCAGGUUUGCCUUGACUACCACAACUGAUGGAUACUAUGAAUACACCUUCGACUUGAGUAGAUACCACCUAGACUCUAGAUUUAACUCUGGUUUCAUGACAUAUGGAGGUCACAAGUAUGCUGUUUGUACUCCCAAGAAUGGCGUCAUAAAGAAGGUGAUUCAGGGUAGCAUUACCAUAUGGACUCCGUCCUCAGAUGACUACUAUGCCAACAUGGUACUUCUCUCAAGGAACACAAAUCUCUACAUUCUUGUUCAAUCACCUUUCAACAUUCCUGCCGUAUUGUCUUAUAAUCUGAAGAACAAUGUUUGGCAUAUGGUAAACCAUGAAGCCAUUUCUACUGACAUUACCAAGACACUCCCAAUCCCAUCCUUUAGACUGACACUUGACCUAACUGGAAAACAUGACCCAGAGAAGUACAGAGUGUUCAAGAUGGACAUAAAUGGUGUUACUACAACAGUCUUCAUUACCAUCUACGGAUACUACUUUGACAAGGUGGUCUCUGGUAAGGACCUCAUUUGGCAGUCGUCUGAGAAUGAGGAAUGUAGGUAUCUCAUGUUCCAUGACAAGUCUGGAAAGAACUCAUUUAUAACAGUCUUUGUUGACGAUAUGGAUGGAUCCAAGUUCAUGGUAUAUGAGAUGAAGGACAAGUGGACAUUCUCCCACCAGUUGCUCGGACCUGAGAAUGACCACAAGACUACUACUCCUACUGUAUUCCACCUAAGUGACAAGACUCAUCAGAAUGUCUACUUCUGCGAUAACGUCUUCAAUGGUAUAGUACACAGAGCUUUCUCACCAUUACCUGGCUACCAUGUUCAGGAGGUAAAGGAUAUUGAGACUACCAUAUGGCAGGCAGAGGAUAAGGAGCACUGCAUAUUCAUUCUCUCUGUACCGGGUACUGAUAAGAGUAAAGUUCCACUACUAAGUCUCUUUAUAAGGAAUGAGGACUACUGUGGUUUCAAACACUUUGAGAAGACUGAUAAGUGGAGACAUAUUGAUGAACGUGGCUAUGACAAGAGACUCAUUGAGAAGAAGCAAGCUAACAAUGUGACUACUACUGUUGCCAUAUCCAGUAUACCUCAGUACAAGAAUGCAGUUACUCUUGACACAGCCAAUGUUGACCAUGAUAGGGUUGAUCUCCAUGAAGACUCCUUGAAUGGUGCCAGAUUUCUCUACUCUGCCAAGACAGGGGACUACUUUAAUAGCUUAUUGGACAGUGGAAAGAGUGUUUGGAAGAGUGACAAGGACAAGUGUCUUACUGUAGCCAUUUAUGGAAAGGAGGAAAUGCACUGUCGUCUGGACGUACUCUCUUCGGAUGUCAUAACCCCAAUGUACUUUUGCAGAAAGGCUGGUAACUGGUCUUCUACUAAUCACGGGACCUUCCAUGACUGGCUAAGAAACUAUGUCAAGACUCCUAGAGUUAAACUUGAUCUUGGUAACCUGGACACUAACUUCUUUGAGAGCUUCAGGUAUACUCAGAACGGCUAG